AUGGCUGUGAACAGGGCCGAGUCCGGGUCUGGCCCGAGAGCUCUGUUCCCCCAGGGACCCAGUUUGGAAGAGAAGGACUUUUCGACCAAGGAGUUCAUCGUGAGGGACUUUAUUGACGAGCUGGCCGAGAGCGCCAUUCCUGUGAACCGGCGAUCCGCCCCUGCGACACAACCUGCUUUCGACCCAAAGCCCCUGAUCAGGACCUUUGAAAAUGCAUUAUCGCAACUGGGCGUACUCACCGAGAAGCUGGAAGAGGAGGAGUCAGGACUCCAGAACGACGUGCGCCGAGCAGAGACGCAGCACGACCGGACCCUGGAAACACUUGGUCGAAAAUUAGACCAGUCCAUGGCUCAAUUCGAAGCACUCGACUCCACUUUAAAUAGUUCCAACGGCAUUAAUGGACACGACAGGACAGCGCGAAGCGACAUAGGGGGGAACAUAGCUGUGCAGAUCGGCGAGAGGCUCGAGGAGUUGGACCGGAAGCGUAGGAGGGCGCUGGACGCCAACUUCCUGAUUCAAUGCUGGAAUGAGGUAUCCGAGACUGGGCAGCUUGGCUCAUUAGAGGAGAUGAAGAGGGUAGGCGGAGCUGAGAACAAAGUCCGUUGCGCCAACAUUGCGCGACAACUCAUGCGCAUCAGCCAGAGGUUAGAUCCCACGUCGUGGGGGCAGACGAACGGAUAUCGACGGAACGGGGUGACAAAUGGCGUGACUGGCACCAGCCGGAAGCACAACACUCGCGAAGUGCUGGAGAAGUUCUGCGAGGUUCUGGAACAGGACCUGCUCGAGCAGUUCAACAGGAGCUACCGAUCUCAGAACUUCCCCGACAUGCUGCAGUGUGCGAAGGUUCUAUUUGAUUUCAACGGAGGCAACAGCGUCGUGGCCACUUUCGUCAAUCAACACGACUUCUUUAUCAACAGAAACCAGCUUCUGGCAGACGAGGUCACCGGUGACGAUGACACUUGGGAAUUGCUUGCCGAUCCUGACAAGGAACCUCCCGGGAUCGAGCAGAGUUUACAAUCUCUAAUUGACGAAGUCAGGGUUGUCAUGCAAGAGGAGUCGUUCAUCAUCAAACAAGCCUUCCCGAUGGCGGAAACAGUUCUGAUCAAAUUCAUUCAACGAGUCUUUCAACAGUCUGUCCAACAGCGGCUGGAAAUGGUGCUUGAGAAAGCGGAUUCCGUAUCGUCGCUAGCAUUCCUGCGGUCCCUGCACUCGGCGAGAACCUACAUUGGUCAACUCAUCGAGGACCUGAAGACUCACGGACUGAUCGAUAACCCUGAGCCGUGCUCUGCGCAAAUAUCACAAACCUUGGACCAGCAGAUGGAAGAGCUUUUUGUGCCCUAUCUCGUCGGGAAUUCAUAUAUCGAAAGAGAGCGUAGGAAUCUGGAGGAGUUGUACAGCUCGCUGCUCUUCAAGUACACCAUCUUUCACUCUAGACGCAAGAAAGCACCAAGUGGUUUCAUGGCGGCUAUAGCUCAACAAGGCUCACAGCUACUGGCAUCGGCCAAAGACGUUUACUUGGAACGUCUUGAUUCAUCUGAUCUCACACCUACUCAAAAGGCAAUGAUGUUGCGGGUCGCUGGCGUUAAGGACAGCAGCGAGAACAAGAACGAAAUCGAGGUUUCUGAUGAAGACGGUGCUAUCAGCGUUCAGGUAGCUCAAAGGAUGAUGCGGUGGCUCGCAGAGAGUGUUCGCAGGACGCUCGAGCUCGGCUCCUCCACCGACACUGCGAGGGAUGUUAACAGUCUACUCAGCCUACUUCUUACCAGCAUGGGCCAGGUCUACAUCGAGACAGCUCUAGACGCCGCGCUGGACGCUUCUUCCUCGCAAGAAAAUUCGAAGGUCGAACCGGAUAUAUCCUACUUGCCCAACAUCCGACCCGCCGUCACAAUUGCGAACAUCAUGUCUCGAUUCAUACAGACUGUCAUGAUCAGGCUCGCGGAAGGGAAUGCGACCGUACGGCGGAGCAUGGAGGCUCAGGCAAAGAUGGCGAUGGAAACAAUUGAGAGAAAAACGAACAGUGUCGUCAAAAGCUCAGUAGACGUUGUGAUAAACUGGGUUACCAGGACACUGGCAACACAGCGCAAGACAGACUUCCGCCCCAAAGAUGCAGAGCUCGAGCUCAUCGCAGAGCUGUUGCAGACACCUACAUGUCAAACGAUUUGCACCUUCCUCAAACGCGUCUCCGUACUAUCGACGCAGGCCAUUGAUGGCCACAAUCUUGAGAUCUUCAGCAGUGAGCUGGCGUUGGCGAUACACAAGCUGCUCUUGGAGCACUUCAAGAAGUUCUCUGUCAACGCGACUGGUGGGUUGAUGGUGACUAAGGACCUCAACAAGUACAUCUCGACGUUGAAGGAGUGGCCCCUCACCAAGGACGUCCAGGGGAUAUUAGAUCUCCUUCCGGAGAUCGGGUACUUGUUCAUUAUUGGUCCCGAGGCGCUGAGAGAGAAGAGCAGGAACUUGGGAUCGGGCUCAGCUGCGACGGGCAAGAAGCUGACCAAGGCCGAUUUCAAGGCCAUCGUGCAGAAGAGAGAGGACUCAAGCAGUGUGGGUAUUCAGAGUGUGCUCAAUGGGCUGUAA